AUGUCCUUCUGUGAAGACGUUCAAGCCCUCGUUGUUGACAACGGUUCUGGUAUGUGUAAAGCUGGUUUUGCUGGUGAUGAUGCUCCAAGAGCUGUCUUCCCUUCAAUUAUUGGUAGACCAAAGCAAAAAUCAAUCAUGGUUGGUAUGGGUAAUAAGGAUGCCUAUGUUGGUGAUGAAGCUCAAUCCAAGAGAGGUAUCUUGACUUUGAAAUAUCCAAUUGAACACGGUAUUGUUACUAAUUGGGAUGAUAUGGAAAAGAUCUGGCAUCACACUUUCUACAAUGAAUUGAGAGUUGCUCCAGAAGAACAUCCAGUCUUGUUGACUGAAGCUCCUUUGAAUCCAAAGGCAAAUCGUGAAAAGAUGACUCAAAUCAUGUUUGAAACCUUCUCAGUUCCAGCUAUGUAUGUUGCCAUUCAAGCUGUCUUGUCCUUGUAUGCUUCUGGUAGAACUACUGGUAUUGUUUUGGACUCUGGUGAUGGUGUUUCUCACACUGUUCCAAUUUAUGAAGGUUAUGCUUUGCCACACGCUAUUUUGAGAUUGGAUUUGGCUGGAUUUGAAAUUAUCAUUCUUCCUAUAGUUUCAUUUUACAAAUUUUAA